AUGGGGAAGAUGAUGGCGUUCUUCGAGGGACUGAUGAGGCAAGUGAUGGAGAGGCAAGAGGUGAUGCAGCGAUGUUUUCAGGAGGCGAUCGAGAAGAGACAAGAUCGGAUGGCUUCGAGGAGGAGGGUGACAGUGCGACAUGAGAUGUCUAGGCUCUCGCCCGGAGAGCACGAGCUCAGCUGCCAACGAGCGCGCACGGCGCUUCCACGUCGCCAUCAUCUCCUUCCUCCAGAAAGUCACCCGGCAAACCAUACAGCUACCUCCGGCCACGCCCCCAAUCCCAACCUUCUUGUUCCAAACUACUCCAUAACUAUAGCCACUGUCGUCGCAAAUUCGCCACCACCACCAACAGCAACAGCAACAAACUCCACUGGUACGGUUGCCGACGUCGUUGCCGCCCCAACAAAUCCCGUAACAACAGCAUCACCAACCCCCACCACCGUAGCCUCCAUUUCUUUCGUGAAAUUUGUAAAGAAGAAGAAGAAGGGAGAAAAGAGAAUGUCUUGGGGUUACAGAUUGGUUGUGAAGGAUACGCGUUAG